AUGAGGAAGCUCUUCUUCUCCGAGUCCGCCUGCAAGGAGACCAAGCUCCAUUCCGCGCCCCACUCAUGGUUGCCCCUCGAGAGGGGGAAGCUCUCCAAGUUCUCCGGCCAUGCCGCUGCCGGCUCCUCCAUAGAUUCCUUGAUGAAGAUGCCAGAGCCGGCGGUGCUUCCGCACUUCAAGCCCGCGGACUAUGUCGACAUACUGUCUCAGAUACAUGAGGAGCUGGAGUCCUGCCCUCCUGACGAGAAGUCCUGCCUGUACCUGCUCCAGUUCCAGGUCUUCCGCGGCCUCGGCGAGGCCAAGCUGUCGCGGAGGAGCCUCCAGUCCGCGUGGGAGAAGGCGAGCACCAUCCACGAGAAGCUCAUCUUCGGGGCGUGGCUCAAGUACGAGAAGAAAGGGGAGGAGGCGAUCGCCGACCUGCUCAGCUCGUGCGGCAAGUGCUCGCAGGAGUUCAGGCUGCUGGAUUUCGUGUCGCAGGUCUCCACUGGGUCACAUGUGAUGAGCUAUGAUGAUGAUGAUGAGUCUGAUGAGUUUCGGGGCUCUGUGGUGGUUCAUUUCCGGAUAAGAGAUGAUAUGAUUGCAUGCGAUCGGCGGAAGCUCGCGGCUCUGUCGACUCCACUGUAUGCAAUGCUUAACGGUGGAUUUAGGGAAUCGUAUCUGGAGGUCAUUGACAUGUCUAGAAAUGGUAUCUCCCCUAUUGGCAUGAGGGCCAUCAGUAAAUUCAGCCUAUCAGGAAGACUACCAUACUUGUCGGCUGAUGCUAUCUUGGAGAUGCUUGAUUUUGCCAAUAAAUUUUGCUGCAAGGGCCUCAAGGAUGCAUGUGAGCGAAAGCUUGCUUCUUUCAUCUCUUCAAGGCAAGAUGCUAUAGACUUCAUGGAGUGUGCUCUUGAGCUGGGCUGUUCCAUCCUUGCUGCUUCGUGCUUGCAAGCGCUCUUGAAUGAGCUUCCAGAGUGCUUGAAUGAUGAACAAGUGGUUCGGAUAUUCUCCUCUGCAAAUAAGGCACAGAGAUUGACAAUGGUUGGCAAUGCAUCUUUCUCCCUGUAUUGCCUUCUUAGUGAAGUCUCCAUGAGUACCAAUCCAACAUCGGAUGUCACUGUAAGUUUCUUGGAAAAGCUGGUAGAGUCGGCAUCAGAUUCUAGGCAGAAGCAGGUGGCCUUACAUCAGCUGGCAUGCACCAGAUUUCUAAGGAAAGAUUACCCUGAAUCUGAGCGCCUGUUCAAUGCUGCCUUUUCUGCCGGCCAUCUCUAUUCGCUAGUGGGUUUGGCUAGAUUGGCGUCUCUGAGGGGUAAUAAGCAUUUUGCUCUCAAGUUGCUAGAUUCUGUUAUGUCAUCUCGGUGGCCUCUUGGGUGGAUGUAUCAAGAGAGAGCACUAUAUUUGGAGGGUGAUAACAAGUUAGAAAAUCUUAACAAGGCUACUGAGUUGGACCCUACUCUUACAUAUCCCUAUAUGUUCCGAGCUGCAUCUUUGAUGAAAAGGCAAAGUGUUGAAGCUGCAUUGAUGGAGAUAAACCGGAUCCUUGGAUUCAAACUGGUGCUGGAGUGCUUAGAACUAAGGUUCUGUUGCUACCUUGCCCUUGAGGAUUAUAGGGCUGCCUUAUGUGACGUGCAGGCAAUCCUCACUCUUGCCCCAGAUUAUCGUAUGAUUGGUGGCCGGGUUGCUGCCAAGCAGCUGCGAAUGCUAGUGCUAGAGAAUGUAGAGCAGUGGACAGCUGCUGACUGUUGGAUGCAACUUUAUGAUCGCUGGUCGUCUGUGGAUGAUAUAGGGUCCCUCUCUGUUAUAUAUCAAAUGCUGGAGUCAGAUAAUGCCAAAGGAGUUUUGUACUUUAGGCAAUCUUUGCUUCUUCUCAGAUUAAACUGUCCUGAGGCGGCAAUGAGGAGUUUGCAGCUUGCUCGUGAGCAUGCUGCAAGUGAUCAUGAAAGGCUUGUCUAUGAAGGAUGGAUAUUGUAUGAUACUGGCCACUGUGAGGAAGGACUGCAGAAAGCGGAAGCAUCACUUGCAAUACAAAGGUCAUUUGAGGCAUUUUUUCUGAAAGCUUAUGCUUUGGCUGAUUCGAGUCUUGAUCCUUCGACCUCAGCAACAGUCGUAUCACUUCUAGAACAUGCAUUGCGGUGUCCCUCAGAUAGACUUCGGAAGGGUCAGGCUCUAAACAACCUUGGAAGUGUUUAUGUGGAUUGUGGAAAGCUAGACCUGGCAGCUGAAUGCUACAUUAAUGCCCUAAAGAUUGGCCACACCAGAGCGCAUCAAGGCCUUGCAAGGGUUCAUUUCCUUCGGAACAACAGAGCAGGUGCAUAUGGUGAAAUGACCAAGUUGAUAGAGAAGGCCAGGAACAAUGCAUCAGCAUAUGAGAAGAGAUCUGAGUACUGCGACCGGGAGCUGACAAAAACGGACUUGCAGAUGGUCACCAAACUCGACCCUCUGCGAGUCUAUCCCUACAGAUACCGUGCUGCUGUGCUGAUGGACAACCACAAGGAGAAAGAUGCCAUCGCGGAGCUGACCAAGGCAAUCGCCUUCAAGGCGGACCUGAACCUGCUCCACCUGCGCGCGGCCUUCCACGAGCACAUCGGCGACAUCUCGAGCGCCCUCCGGGACUGCCGCGCGGCCCUCUCGGUGGACCCCAACCACCAGGAGAUGCUGGAGCUUCACCACCGGGUGAACAGCCAGGAACCCUGA